CGUCCAUGUCCUGGGACCCAUGGCCCAUCUCACUACCUCCACUCCUCACAGAGAUCCAGAGCUUCUCCAGCACUGAGAAGGAUGGGCGCAUAGUCGGGGAGAUCGCCUUCCAGCUGGACCGGCGCAUCCUGGCCUAUGUCUUCCCCGGGGUGACCCGGCUGUACGGUUUCACCGUGUCCAACAUCCCUGAGAAGAUCAAGCAGACGUCCAUCAAGUCUCUGGACGGGUCGGUGGACGAGAAGAAGCUGCGCGAGCUGACGCACCGCUACCUGACGCUCACGGCGCGCCUGGAGAGGCUGGGCUACAACCGGGACGUGCACCCGGUGUUCAGCGAGUUCCUCAUCAACACCUACGGCAUCCUGAAGCAGCGGCCCGACCUGCGCGCCAACCCGCUGCACAGCAGCCCGGCAGCGCUGCGCAAGCUGGUCAUCGACGUGGUGCCCCCCAAGUUCCUGGGCGACUCGCUUCUGCUGCUCACCUGCUUGUGCGAGCUCUCCAAGGAGGACCACAAGCCGCUCUUCGCCUGGUGAGCCUGCCCCGGCGCGCGCCGCGCCUUUCCUGCAAUAAACGUGUUUGUUCCAAUCCUGGGGGCCGCGUGCCUCCUGCGUGUCCCC